UCUUGGCAGUCUGUGAAAAUAUCAUCAAAAUUUCAAAACACUCAAGAAUUUGUUCUCCCUUUUAAGAACCUCAACUAAAGCUGUCAAAAAUGUCCAAGAAAUUGCGUCUGAAGGAGGAUGAACCACCUUCAGAACCAAAAGUCCAGCGACGUCGUCGUCCCGCCGCUGAAAUUGUUCGGGAACUCAGGCGACUCAGAUCCACGCCCCUGAGGAUCGAAGAUGAUAAUGAGUCCUGGACGGGUAACCAGGAGAAGGUGCCACCGCCGGAUUUGCCUGUCACUAGCCUGGAGCAGCUAGAGCAGAUACGUUUGACCCGACACAGGAUUACCAUGUUGAUAGUUCGUCCUUUCUUUGAACAGGCAGUAACAGGAUGUUUUGUGAGGGUUAAUAUUAACAGCGCUUUGGAGCAGCCAGAGCAUCGCAUUGCCGAAAUCCUGGGCCUCCUAGAGCUAGACUAUGGCUACAAGCUGGACGAGAUACCCACAAAUGUGGCUUUAAGUCUGCGCUACGAUGAUCUAGUGGUGCCCCACGAGAUCAACGAUGUCUCCAAUAUGGCCUUUACCCGGAAUGAGUUUGAGUUGUGGCGUGAUAAUCUUGUCCAUCAGGCUAUUCAGCCGCCGACUAGCUCAUUGGUCACCAGAAAGAAAAUCGAGUUGUAUAAUGCUUUACAGGCCGAGGCCAAGGGUCUGGCCCUCGUCCGGCAGAGCUUUCGCUUGACCAUACGACCGCCUGAGAAGGGGGGAAUCCUUGAAAGGCAUGGCGGUGUCUAUCCCUGGCAACUGAAGCAGCCUUCAAAGAAGUCUUCCUUACCUUUUAAGGGGUUUAUUGGAGAGGCCAAUCCGGUUCUGGCGGGAAUGCCAGAUGUGAAAGGGACAAAGAAGUCGUAAAGUCUAGGAAUACUAGAUGUUCUUGAUGGUUUUCUUUACUAAAUUUAUGUUUAUUUUAUUAAUGAAUGUGGAAUUUUCCACCAUAAACAUUUGCCUUUUCUAA